UUUUUUUCUUUCCCUUCCUCAGCGUGAGUGCAUCUCCAUCCACGUUGGCCAGGCUGGUGUCCAGAUUGGCAAUGCCUGCUGGGAGCUCUACUGCCUGGAACACGGCAUCCAGCCCGAUGGCCAGAUGCCCAGUGACAAGACCAUUGGGGGAGGAGACGACUCCUUCAACACCUUCUUCAGUGAAACCGGCGCUGGCAAGCAUGUGCCCCGGGCAGUGUUUGUAGACUUGGAGCCCACAGUCAUUGAUGAAGUUCGCACUGGCACCUACCGCCAGCUCUUCCACCCUGAGCAGCUCAUCACAGGCAAGGAAGAUGCUGCCAAUAACUAUGCCCGUGGCCACUACACCAUUGGCAAGGAGAUCAUUGACCUCGUCUUGGACCGAAUUCGGAAACUGGCUGACCAGUGCACCGGGCUUCAGGGCUUCCUGGUGUUCCACAGCUUUGGUGGGGGAACCGGUUCUGGGUUCACCUCCCUGCUGAUGGAACGUCUCUCCGUCGACUAUGGCAAGAAGUCCAAGCUGGAGUUCUCCAUUUACCCAGCCCCCCAGGUGUCCACUGCAGUGGUGGAACCCUACAACUCCAUCCUCACCACCCACACCACCCUGGAGCACUCUGACUGUGCCUUCAUGGUGGACAAUGAGGCCAUCUACGACAUCUGUCGUAGAAACCUUGAUAUUGAGCGCCCAACCUACACUAACCUGAACAGAUUGAUAGGUCAAAUUGUGUCCUCCAUCACUGCUUCCCUCCGAUUUGAUGGGGCCCUGAAUGUCGAUCUGACCGAAUUCCAGACCAACCUGGUGCCCUACCCCCGAAUCCACUUCCCUCUGGCCACAUACGCCCCUGUCAUCUCUGCUGAGAAAGCCUACCACGAACAGCUUUCUGUUGCAGAGAUCACCAAUGCAUGCUUUGAGCCAGCCAACCAGAUGGUGAAGUGUGACCCUCGCCAUGGUAAAUACAUGGCUUGCUGCCUGUUGUACCGUGGUGACGUGGUUCCCAAAGAUGUCAAUGCUGCCAUUGCCACCAUCAAGACCAAGCGUACCAUCCAGUUUGUGGAUUGGUGUCCCACUGGCUUCAAAGUUGGUAUUAACUACCAGCCUCCCACUGUGGUUCCUGGUGGGGACCUGGCCAAAGUCCAGCGGGCUGUGUGUAUGCUGAGCAACACCACGGCCAUUGCUGAGGCCUGGGCCCGCCUGGACCACAAGUUUGAUCUGAUGUAUGCCAAGCGUGCCUUUGUUCACUGGUACGUGGGUGAGGGCAUGGAGGAGGGAGAGUUCUCUGAGGCCCGUGAAGACAUGGCCGCCCUGGAGAAGGAUUAUGAAGAAGUUGGUGUGGAUUCUGUUGAGGGAGAGGGGGAGGAAGAAGGGGAGGAAUACUAAAGUUAAAAUGUCACAAAGGUGCUGCUUUUACAGGGAAGCUUAUUCUGUUUUAAACUUUGAAAAGUUGUGGUCUGGUCAGUUAAUUUGCAUGUAGCAGUUAUACUCCCAUAUGCAGUUACUGACCUAAACGUUAAGAUAUGGUCCAAGCUGUAGCAUUUCUGUGAGGGGUUUGAAUAAAGUAUUCCCUGUCUUAAAUGAA